AGAGAGCAGUACCAGUCAGUGAUAGGUUACAGAUGUGCCUCAAAGUCGACACUGCCUUUUGAAAUCUUAGAAAUCACUUGGUGUUAACGUCCCGAUUGAGCUGAUUUGCACCUCAAAUAAACUGCACGCCGGUUGGCUGGGAGGCAAUCAUCCCAUCGCGGUGAAACAAACUCGCCGUGCUCCACAUCGAGAAGGAGGAGGAGGAGGAGGAGGAGGAGGAACGGAGCGCAUCGCCUCAGCAGCUCACUCUGCUUUCAUUUUGUGAAGUAAGGCUCUGUUUGACAAUAGCCGGGCUUGCGUUAUAGAGACGGCUGUGGAGGAGGAGGACCGAGGUGCGAUGAUGACCGGCAAAUCCGUGAAAGACGUGGACAGAUACCAGACUGUCCUCAACUCCUUGCUGGCGCUGGAGGAGAACAAAUUCUGCGCCGACUGCGAAUCUAAAGGUCCGAGAUGGGCAUCGUGGAAUUUGGGCAUCUUCAUCUGCAUCCGCUGCGCCGGCAUCCAUCGAAACCUGGGGGUCCACAUCUCAAAGGUCAAGUCCGUCAACCUGGACCAGUGGACGCAGGAGCAGGUCCAGUGCGUUCAAGAGAUGGGGAACGCCAAGGCCAAGCGGCUCUACGAGGCUUUCUUACCCGAGUGUUUCCAGAGGCCUGAGACGGACCAGUCCGCAGAGAUCUUCAUCAGGGACAAGUACGAUAAGAAGAAGUACAUGGAUAAGGUCAUCGACAUCCAGAUGCUGAGGAAAGAAAAGAGUUGUGACAACAUACCCAAGGAGCCUGUUGUGUUUGAGAAGAUGAAAUUGAAAAAAGACAUCAGCCCGAAGACAGCUACGCAGUCUGUUACAGACCUUCUUGGACUAGAUGCCCCGGCUCCGAGCCCCGCAGUGUCUAAUGGUAGAGGAUGUGUUCCAGACAGUAAUGAGAGCCCAGCGGUGUCUAAUCCAGCUCUGGUACACUCUGGCCUGGAUCUAUUCAGCUCCCUCCCAGCCCCCUCGUCAGCUUCCUCCACAAAAAGCACGCCUGUUUCUACCUCUAUGCCUCAGAGCAGAGUGACUGCUUCAGUGCCAGAGAACCUCAGCUUGUUCCUUGACCCAGCACCCAAAGCAGAGGAGGGCACUGUCAAGAAACUGUCCAAGGAUUCUAUUCUCUCCCUGUACGCCUCCACCCCCUCGGUGCACGCGAGCAGCAUGGCUGCACAUGGCUUGUACAUGAACCAAAUGGGAUACCCGACGCAUCCCUACGGUUCCUACCAUUCUUUAGCCCAGGCAGCCGGAAUGGGAGGCGCUAUGAUGACAUCACAGAUGGCGAUGAUGGGGCAGCAACAGGGUGGCAUGAUGGGCGUCCAGCAGAGCAGCAUGAUUGGAGUUCAACAGAACUGCAUGGUGGGACAGCAGAACGGCCUAAUGGGUGCUCAGGGUGUCAUGGCUCAGCCCGGCGGCGUGGUGCCGUCACCCUACAUGACAGGGAUGGCCCAGGGCAUGAUGGGACAGCAGCAGGGCGGGAUGAUGGGACCGCAGCAGAACGGCAUUAUGGGACAGCAGCAGGGCGGGAUGAUGGCACAGCAGCAGGUUGGGGGUUUGGCCACGUUACCUCAGCAGCAGGUUUAUGGAGUCCAACAAGCGCAGCAGCUCCAGUGGAACAUUGCUCAGAUGACGCAACACGUGGCCGGCAUGAAUCUGUACAACACCAACGGCAUGAUGGGAUACAGCAGUCAACACAUGGGAGGUUCGACAACCCAGAGUUCAACGCACAUGGCCGCGCACGUCUGGAAAUGAGCUCGCCUGUGAGGGAAGCGACGGAACAACACAACGGAGAGGGAGAACAAUGUGAGGAUCAGACUCUUCAUAAAACAUUUUCUAAUGCAAGGGAGGAGGGGGAGACAGGUGAGAAGAAGAAGAAGAAGGUUUCAGAAACCACUACUACCUCUCUUUCUCUCUCCUCUCUGCACACGCGUCCUCUUGCCGACUCAUCCAUAGCCAUGUCCUGCAGAUAUCCAUGUUUGCCUUUUUUUCGUAUGACAAGCAACACAACAGGGUUCAGAGGCCACUGGUUAGGGCUCCACAUUUUUUUGUACCUAGCCAUUACGUGCUCUAAGUUUUGGAGAAUUCCACUAUAAUCAAAGUCAGCAUUGAAGUCAGCCUAGCUUUAAAAGCUAAUCAGUUCGCUGGAUUUUACCUACUAAUGUACACAUAGAAAUGACGAAAACCAUGCUGAACCCUACGUUAACCAUGUUUAGUUUUUUUUAAUGAAUGAUGACCUAACACAUUUAACUACAAUUUAGCAGCAAUCAUAUUAGCGAAAGCGCAACUAUAUCUUUGCUCAGUCAGAUUUCAAUCAUACAGGGCUGAGAGUUAAAGGAUUUUGAGUGGACUAUCUUUUUUAAAGUGAUAUUUCCUCACAUAUGAGAGGGCCAGCUGCUAUUUAUUAUUUAUCAACACACAGCAGCCUAGCUAAGCUAGGCUAGGCUAAGCUAAUCUCCCCUUCAUGCUGCACAAAAAGGACAAAGACAAAUGUAUCUGUCGCUGUUUAAGGAAUAAAAAAAAAAAAUCUGUAAAAAGCCUACCUGUCCAGCAAUAUUUAAAUUAGUGAGUGUUGAUUCAUUCCUAGAUCCUCGCUGUAUCGUAACUUAGAACAGAGGCUACCUAGCCAGCCCUUAAUUAUGAUGUCUUCAUCUCAAUUCACAGAGGGCUUCUCUUAAAACCAACAUUUGCAAUGUUUAAGUGUCAAAAGUCCUGACCUGGAUUUUUGGAGACCAAAGAUGAACACGAGCUUUAUUAUGGCUGUGUUCUGGUAUGCUUUCCUGUAUAGCCACUUAACUAGUGAUUAGUCGAAAUUCAGCAGUCCCGUUUGCUCUUACAAUUCACUGUGCUAUUAUCCCAGUCAAGGGUGGGACACUUUAAGAAAAUGUCACUUGCAUGCACAUGUCAUCAUGUAAGCACACCUCCAGUUUAGUAAUCUACCAAACACGAUAGAGGCCUCAAAUAAUGUCGAAUGUCUGUAAAUGAGAGGAAAAACGAGAGGGGGGGUCUUGGGCGGGGACAAAACAAGGUACAGAUCAUUCAUGUUUCAGAUGCUUCCACUGAACUGCAUGAAAAGAAUGUUUAUCUGAUUGUAUGUACUAUGUGUUGGACGAGACUUCUCCGAAUGUUCCUCUCAACUAUACACGUUGACCCACGUCAAAAAAAAAAAAAAAAAAAAAAAUCUCAACGAAUGUGUGUCCUGAAUGUGUUCAUGAUUGUACCGGACUCGUUUUCAAAUAGACACACAGUUUCUUUUUUUCUUUGUUGAUGAUCUGUCGAGCAGUGUGCAUCUAUUGAAUGUUCCAUGGUCGACGUCCGUUUGUGGUGAACCGUUUCCUCCGUCCGGGUUUUGCUGUUUUAACUGUCUUGCCGUCGAGUUAGGAGCAAAUUGUGACCAGGCCCCGAAGCAUUUUCAGGUUAUUCUUCAGUGUUUACAACCUGUAAAGUGUCUGCAACCUUGGCCAGGUUGCGUUGUGAAGCCGAAAGUGAUUGUAUGACCACACUCUGUCACCCCACCUCUAUUGCUGCCUUUUAAUGGAACUACUGAGUUUGUGGUCAUGACGAGUCAUUGGAACAAAUGCAUGGCGUUCAAGUGGUAACAUCGCGUUAAGGUGCCACUUCUCGGGAACUGUUGGCGUCUAGAACCCAUCAAGGCGACUACUUUGGGAAGGGAAUGACUGGGUAACUUGAUUAAGAGAAUCCAGAUUUUAUGAAAACUGCGUAUGACUAAGUUACAUGCUGCCUUCUUAUUGGAGGUUGUGGUCAUGACUGGUUGAGUACAAAAUUACACUUACUACGUCAUGAAAACCUUGUACAAAUGAUGUACAAAUCAUUAACCAAGCCCAACCCCAUCUGAAGGCAGCAAACACGUCAACAUUUCCAGUCACGAGGUUGCGAGGAGGCCGUUCAUAUGGACUCGACCUCAUUUGAAGACAGCAAAUGUUUCUGUGUCUUCUGUUUCUCACUUCUUCAAGUCGUCUCUCCAUCCUGGUUUCUGUCUUCUAGAUCUGCCACUUUCUUAUAAAUGCAUGAAGCCAUUAGUGUAAAUAAUAUUUCCUUUUUUUUCUCCUCCAUAAAACUAUUUUGGUGUUAUGUUGCUGCUUUCCCAGUGAGGCGGUAAUAAUGUAACAGGUGCCGCUGAGAGAGAAAUAAACCCUGUGGUGUAAUAGCCCAAUAAAGCAGCACAGCCUUCACUAUUCUGAAACUCAUCCUCUGGUCCUUACAUUUAUUUUCCUUCAAAUUUAGCCCACUCGGUGGCAGUUGAGGCGCCGGUGUGUCGGCAGCAGCAGACAACCUCCCUGCUCAGAGCAAUAUUGCCGUAAGAGAAAGUGUCGUCACUGCUCUGCAGCAGCAGACCUGUCGGCAAACGAUGACAAGUAUCUGGAAAGGCAGUAAAAAAAUUCAACCUCUGUGGGCUGUAAGGCUUCACCUGAGCUUUAUAUUUAUUUAUUCGCAAUUAAUUGUUUUUUUUCUUUUUUGGUCCCGUUCCGUUUCCUGCGAAAUAAAAGCAAAUGAAGGAAUGUAUCUUUUUAUGUACUUGUCAAUCAAGAUGUUGUAAAUUUUAUUCUUUAUCAGAAUAUCGCUGUAUAUCAUGUUUCUUAAAGAGGAUUGAUGAAUCUGUAUAUUAGUUUGGCAUUUUUUUCUCCACUUGCUUUGGCCUGUUUGGUCUCAUGUCUUCACAACUUCAAUUUAAUAGUGUGUAUGAAUAAUAUGAUACUUGUCCCUGUGAAAACAUACAAAAUAAAUAUUGUUUUGAUUAAAA